AUGGUGAAGCUGGCCCCUCCAGUUGCUGCCGGAAGUCAAGAUUUGCUAGCUUGUGAAACCUGUGGAAGACAUUUUGCACAAGAUGUUCUGUUAAGGCACGAGCCAAUAUGCAGGAAAGUCUUCAACAAAAAGCGCAAAACUUUCAAUUCUUUGAAACAGAGACUGCAGGGAACUGAAAUUCCCUCAGUGAAGAAACAGCCACCACCAAAGAAACAACCAGAAAAGAAAUCUAACUGGAGACAGCUGCAUGAGGACUUUAUUAAUGCUAUUCAGUCAGCCAAGCAAGUCGCAAAAGCCAUGAAAGAAGGCCGACCCCUUCCUCCUCCACCACCUCCAAGCAUCAAUCCAGACUAUAUUCAGUGUCCCUACUGCUUGAGAAGGUUUAACGAAGCUGCAGCAGAGAGGCAUAUCAGUUUUUGCAAAGAACAAGCUACACGACGUGUCUUUGCACCAGGCCAGAAAGCAGCCAAACAGGCCCCGGGCAAGCAACAAAUGACUCAAAGAAGAGAACCAACCUUAACAAGUGCUGUGGAAUCACUGCUUCAGAACAGAGCCCAAGAAGCUGCCAUUGCAGGACCUGCUGUGCAGUCCUCUGCUGGAAUGCCAGAGAGAACCAAAAAAACAUCCGGUGUACCUUUUGGAAAAAAUACUUCAGGAGAGUCUCGGUAA